AUGGUUAAUCCAACGGUGGAAUUUUUUGGAGGGAUCGGCCUUGGAGCACUGGUAGGACCGGGGGGUAAUUUACUCUGGGGAACGGUAGGGAAGGGUUUCAUUGAAACCUGGCGCACAAACCUCGACUCCAUGAUAAAUUCUUUACUGCCAUUGAUCAAAGAGAUGGAAGACCAGAAUAAGACGUUGGUUAUUGGAGAUGAAGAAAUAGAAGAUCUCAAGCAAAAACUGACAGAGGGUGAAGAUCUCGUUGAGGAGUUAAAGAAGGUCAGUUCAUGGAGCUUGAUGACGCCUCUUCACACGAACCGGCUUGCUGAACUGGACAAGUCUAUUAAAAGACUGUUAGAGAUACUGAAGGUGCAGGGAAUAAGGGAUGUCAAGGGGAUUUCCCUGUUGGCAAAGGAUCACACCAAACAACUUAAGGCCUGCAAAACGGAUGUGGAGGGAACCUUGGUUUUGGCGAAGGAUCACACUGAACAACUUAAGGCCUGCAAAAGGGAUGUCGAGGAGACUUUGGUUUUGGCAAGGGAUCACUCUGAUCAACUUACCGACUGCAAAAGCCAUGUCGAGGAUACUUUGGGUUUGGCGAGGAAGAUAGACGCCAAGCUUGACAAAUUUGAACGGAUUGGUCUGGUACAAGGCGACGAAGUGGCGAGUUUGGUGGAACGGAACGCUCUAAGAAAAGCAGUUAAAGAGUUGACCCCUGCUGUUGACAAAACUUUGAUGAACACUCGCUCCUUUUCUUAUGAAUAUUGGGAAAGGAUUCGUCCCUAUCUACGCUCCCUCCGGCAUUGGUUUGACGGAGAGCAGCGGGCAGCGGAAGAAAAAGGAUGGGAUCGUAUCUCAUUUGAGGAACUAAAAAAGUUAACAAUACAAAUAGAGCAGGGUGUAAAGCUAGCUCGCAAGUGCUCCGAUGUCGAUGUUAGUGAAUGGAGCCCCGGCAAAAAGAGUAGAUACGCCGCCACAAUUCUUGAUUUGGAGAAAUCUCUUCAAGCACUUGUGCUCCGUUUUAAAAUUCUACCAAAUGUUCCUGUCCAAACGGACCAUCCACAUCCGCAAGGCACGUGA